GCAGCCUUUGUCCCGGGAUUUGGGCUCCGCACUCCAGGUGCGCUGACACGGGACGAGGGCGGCGNGGCCGGGACCAGCAGCCGGGAGCAGCCGGGGUUGGAGGAGGAAUGGACUACAAAGCCAAAACGGUUGCAGGUCUUCUGGCAGCCACCUGUGUCUUCAGCAUCAUUGCCCUCAUUCUGAGCGUCGUGAAUGUGAAGGAUGUGUUUCUGCCUCCGAGCACCAAGUACGGUCUGGUGUUUGAUGCUGGCUCCACGCACACAGCUCUCUACAUCUACCGGUGGCCCGCAGACAAGGAGAACGGCACCGGCAUCGUGUCCCAGGUGGAGGCCUGCACCGCACCUGGAGAAGGCAUCUCUAGCUAUGCAGACAACCCUGCUGAGGCUGGAGCCAGCCUGAAGCCGUGCCUGGACAAGGCCAUGAAGAUCAUCCCGGCAGAGCAGCAGCGGGACACCCCCACCUACCUGGGGGCCACAGCGGGCAUGCGGCUGCUGAGGGAGCAGAACAGCACCAAGGCUGAGCAGGUCUUCGCCGAGGUCUCCAAGGCCAUUGGCAAGUACCCUGUGGACUUCCGUGGAGCUCAGAUCCUCACAGGGAACGAGGAGGGCUCCUUCGGCUGGAUCACCAUCAACUACCUGCUGGAGACGCUUGUCAAGUAUUCCUUUGCAGAGAAAUGGGAACAUCCACGGGACACGGAGGUUCUCGGAGCUCUGGACCUUGGAGGUGCCUCAACACAAAUAACCUUCCAGCCUGGAGUCACCACUGAGGACAACAGCACCUCCACCUUCUUCAGGCUGUACGGCAGCAACUACUCGCUCUACACCCACAGCUACCUCUGCUAUGGGCAGACGCAGGCCUUGAAGAUGCUGCUGGCAGAUCUCCACAAGGGCAACUCAUCUUCCCAGGAGAUAUCACACCCCUGCUACCCCAUGGGGUACCAGGAGAACGUCACCAUGUCAGCCCUCUACAACAGUCCCUGUGUCCGUGCACCGAGCACACCCAGCCCUGCACAGGUCCUCACAGUGAUAGGGACAGGGGACCCAGCAGCGUGCAGCACCGCCAUCAGGAAACUCUUCAACUUCACCUGUGGGGCCAACAGGACGUGCGGGUUCAACGGGGUUUAUCAGCCGCCUGUGCGGGGACAGUUCUUCGCCUUUGCUGGGUUCUACUACACCUUCCACUUCUUGAACCUGACCAGCCAGCAGUCUUUCAGUGAUGUCAACUCCACAAUCCAGACCUUCUGCAACAAGAGCUGGGCAGAGCUGGUAGAGACCUUCCCACAGAAGGACAAGCUCCUACACAAGUACUGCUCCAUGGCGAUUUAUAUCUUGACGCUGCUGCUUGAUGGCUACAAGUUCAAUGAGCACACGUGGAGCAACAUCCACUUCAGCCAGCAGGCAGCAAACACAGACAUUGGAUGGACGCUGGGCUUCAUGCUGAACUUCACCAACAUGAUCCCCACGGAGGCUCUGGAACAAGUCAAGGGGCACCAGCCCAGUAUGUGGGCAGGUGCCGUCUCCUUCAUUGUGCUGGCCACAGUGGCAGGCCUGGUGGCAGCUUUCCUCCAGUGUUUCUGGAAAACCAAGUAGCUUCCAGCCUCCUGACUAGAGGCAUCCUGCCCACUAAACCAGGCAGGGAAGUGGUGCAAAAGAAGGUGGAAGUGGGAGAAGAAUGAGGGCAUUAGACCCAUCUCCAUUUCUCAGGAGGUCUAACUGGGUCAUCUCUGUAAAGAUGUCAAAGAUGACAAAGGUGUCUUGAGCUCUUCAAGUACCUCCAAGAGGAAAAGACUCCUUUAAUCUGGCUGACAAAAGCUGAGACAGACUCGGUGGCUAAAUGAAGCCAGAUAAAUUCAAACUAGAAAUAAAAUCUGUCUUGUUUUUCAAAUAUGAAAGUCACUAACCAGCCUAGCACAGUUUCCUUGGCACUUUCAGUCCUGCUGGGCUGCUCUCCCAGCAGCCGUGGGAGGCAGUUGGUGACAGAGAGCAGUGGUGGCCAACUAAACUCUGAGGAGAGGGGUGACCUUAUCUAUAUCUUGCCCUGUGCAAGAUGUGCAAGAUUUUUGUAGUAUGUGACAGAAUAUCUUCUCAAAGACACUGUCAGCUGUCUUUAUUUACUGGCAUAGCUCAGCAGAAAAAAUACAAGUGGAAGUUGAUUUAAGAGCUGCCAACUCUGGCUCAGGGUUUAUUUUAUAUUCAAGUUACAUAGCCCAGCUUUGUCAGACACCAAAUUCAUAGCAGGUUCCAGCUCCAGGCACUUGAGUGAUUUAGUUAGAUCAGCAGAGCCCAGCCCAGCUCAGCUGCAGGAACUGGACACUCAUUUGAGUCCUUCCAGCUCCAGCCACUGGCCCGUGCCACACUGCUCAGCCAGCCCCUCCAAGGACAUGCCAAAGCCCAGGGGGGUCUGAGUAGGGGUGUUUCCAAAACUAUCUCCCCUCUGUGCUGCAAGACCCCUGCCCAUGCAGCAUGAAACAGUAACAUCCAGGCAGGACUUAAGGGCUUAGAAGAACCACAGACAUCUGGGCUGAGGAAGGGUCAGAGUCCUUUGGCUCUAGCAGAUCCACAGGGCAUGUGCUAUGGGAGAUGAUACCUGGUGGUCCUAACCCAAGGUGUUAUCCCAUAUACCCCACUGCAAAUUGGUUACAAAAGCCUUUUGAAAGAGCAGCAUCUCUCUCUCUGGUGGAGAUAAGGAUAUGUGACCCAAGGACCUGGAGAACUGGGCUCUGCCUCCUGCUCACAGAGGGCAAUCCUUGGCUUCUGCUCUGCUCUCAUGAGACCACCCCUGCAGUGCUGGGUCCAGCUCUGGGGG